ACGCUAGUGUCAACAAACAAACGUUUGGAGUACGACUGUGUUGUUCCUGGCCAGGCCGCUGAAUAAACUUCAAAACAACAUCUAAAUCUCACCUACAAGCAUCAAAUCCAACUCCAAACCCCGUCUAGUAUAGCGGCGGCCCUUACCUCAGCCACCAACGUCACGUUAACACCCCUGAAAAAGCCUUACCAAGACCUGAAACCAAUACGACGCAUGUCCAACUUCCAGCUCAAACUCUGUCUCAACUAACCCUACCUGUUGACCUCAGGGCGAGGACAGGAAGCCAGCGGCUUGUCGAAGGUUUCCUUAACCUUAAGAUACCCGUAUGUUAAAGUAGGCGCCGUUUAUAGCGGUUCUUGAGGUAGAUCUGAACUUCUCCAACAUGACCUCCAACAAGAAAUUUGUUUCAUCAAAACUCAAUAAAUUUAUGCAUCAACGAAAUCCCUACCGCACUCCGCCCAGUUUCAAGAAGCUUGCCCUCAACUAUCCUGAAUUUCGAAAAUACUGUACCUAUGAUCUUGGUGGCAAAGUUCACUUAGACUUUAAGAAUCCGAAAGCUGUACGUGCUCUUACAACGUGCCUUCUGGACCAAGAUUUUGGUCUUAAGGUUAGUAUUCCCGAUGAUCGACUGGUGCCGACACUUCCCCUGAGGCUCAAUUACCUUUUGUGGAUCGAAGACCUACUGACACAUGCGGCACACUACAACUCGGAGCACUGUGUCUUGGGCAUUGACAUUGGUGUUGGAGCAGCAUGUGUUUACCCAUUGUUAGGAGCGCAGCACUUUGGCUGGUGUUUACUGGGCACAGAAAGUGACGAACAUAGUUAUCAAAGUGCCCACACAAAUGUGCAAAAUAACAAUCUUCAGGCAAAGAUUCUUUUGAAGAAGGUUGAAAGCAAUAUUUUUUUCAAGAAUUUGAUAAAUGAUGAAGAGGUGAAAAGGUGGAUGUUAAAGUGCAAAUUACGAAAAAAAGCUGAAGUGAGCGAGUCGCUGCAGAACUGCGAAGCACGAAAGGCCCAGACAGCCGCACUCGACUCUCUCAGUCGUGUAGAAUUUGGUAAUGGUCAGUUGAAAGAUGAGGAAUGUAGCACUUACUUGUACGACUUCACAAUGUGCAAUCCCCCCUUCUUCAGUUCUGAGGAAGAGGCAGACACGAUGAAGAAAACCAGAAAGGACAGAGGAAGUCCUGUCAGUGCACCAACUGGUGCAAUUCACGAGAAGGUGACACCAGGUGGAGAGGUCUCCUUUGUCACAAAAAUGAUCGACGACAGCCAAUUGAUGAAGGAUAAAAUCAGAAUCUUCACAACAUUGAUUGGGACGAAAGCUAACAUAAAGCCAAUCAAAGGGGCACUGAGUGCGGCCAGUCCGUCGUGCUCUGUGGUGACACAGUUCUGCCAAGGAAGAACCAUGAGGUGGGGUGUGGCUUGGACGUACGACUCUGCCCUGCAGCUAGACCAAGUGAGAAGUAAGAAAGAGAUGGUAACCAAUAAACCGCUCGUGUUAAUGAUGCCUCGAAGUCUAAUGACGGUUUACUCGGUUCAAGCUGCUUGGACUAUGGUUAAGAAGUGGCUACAUCAGCUCAAAGUGAAAGUUCGAGUGUUAAAAAGCAGCAAAUAUUUUGUGAGUGCGAAUGUGAAGGCCUUUAAAGCUACUUGGCUGCACCAGAGAAGAAAGAAGAGGCAAGGUACAAGGAAAGCUGUGAGUACACACUCAGAUGAGGAGAUAGGCAAUAUUUCACUAGUUGACGAAAGUGCAAAUAGUACGAUAUCAAGUAAAACGGAUACAAUGGAAGAAACUUGUGUAGAAAAUAUGGAAGAACAAAUGAUGAGUAAAGACCAACUUGGUGGAGACCACGAUAGUGAUACGAAGACAAAUGAAUGUGGCGAUGGUGUGUCGGCUGAGCACUCUAUGUCCAGUUGCCAGGCUUCCUGCCUUCGUGUGAACAGCCCAGACACCGAGUCUCAAGCCACAACGCCUCACAACCAUGCACAACAAAGCUCGAAAUUAAUCCAAGACCGAGAGGAGCCGAUGUUAAACACGGGUAAAGUGGAAAGACUUGAAUGCAUUCUAAGAUGCAACCUGCAAAUGAAGCAGUCAGGGGCACUCGUCAGUAUGGAGGCUUAUUACUUAGAUGGCUCAGCUGGCAAAGAUGGCCUCAACCAGCUUCUUCAGUUCAUGAGAAACCAACUCCUAAGACCAACAGUGUAAUAUUUCUUGCUUAAUAUACAAAUUCAGAAUUGAAGAUCUGUAAAAAAUGAAAUUGCGUUUUAUAAAAUUUAAUUGAUUUAUAGAAAAUAUUUUUGAAACAAUAACCUUUAUAAAAUAUUUUGAAGUGUGGAUUUGAUUAAAUGUGGGUAAUACA